AUGCAAAAGGACAUUGUCAUAGUCCUAAUCAUCUUUCUACUCCUCGCAUUCAUGUCCGUGUUUGCCUACUUGAUCCAUUAUUUCGGCUCUUGCUUCGUUAGGCACUCACUGCGACGCACUACACCGUCUCCAGCAUCAGAAGCAGCAAGCAGUAGCAGCAGCAGUAGCGGGAGUAGGAGGAGGCAGAGGAGGCGGAGGAGGAGGAAGUGCGGGCGUAGGUCGUGGGGUAGCGGUGGGAAGGAGGACGAGGAGACGGAGGUGGUUGUCAGGGGUAUGUAUACCCCCACAUCUCCAACUCCCUUUCGCAUCAACAAAACAGGCGGAUUGCCGCAUGUUCACGCAAAACCAUCAUAA